AUGGAUAAGAUUUUCGGACCCGCGUAUACCGGCGAUCCCGGCGUGCCUCACACUGAUAAAGACAUAUUUUCCGGCAUUUUCUGGGGAGCCGUCGGGUUUUCGCUCUACUCGGUAGCCGAUCCAUACUAUUGGCAGCACUCAACGGAGCACAACUGGCAUGACAUGGCGUACAUUCACGAGAACCAUCAAUUCAAGAAGGCGUGCCGGCAGAGAAAGCCUUACGAGCCUAAGUGGAACAAAAUGAUGUCCAAGGAAGUGAGAGAAUCUUACUACAACAAUUGGCGUGACUAUUUUCCUUGA